AUGCUCGACGGCGAUUGUCAAUACGUUCAUGACACGUCUUCUGGCGACAAGCGGAGUAAUGGCAACACGCAAAAUGAUGCUGAUAAAUUCUUUCUGUACUGUUGGCUGGAUCCCCGAAACCCGGAAAGGGCACGGAGGCGUAUUGGGGACAUCUACUGGUCCGCGUGGAGUGCCUUCGUGUUGGGUUUUUUCCUCUCCGGCAUCGGUGUGACGCUGCUUGUGUUGGGAGCCGUCUGUGUGUUGUUGGCGAUGGACUACCAACGCGGCUGCGCCUUGUUUAUAGCGGGAUGUAUGGUCAGCAUCCCCGGUUUGUACAGUCUCAUGGUGUUGUGGUUCUAUGUGUGUGGGCGGAAGGGAUAUUCGUACACGCAGCUUCUGAGGGACUAA